AUGUUCAAACUUGUGGUAUUGUCAGUUCUCUUCGCCGCGGCCAUUGCCGAGCCUGGAGUAUUUUACACUCCCACCACAUUCACGCCAGUCGCGGCACCGGCAGCCACAACCUACGUGCAACAAGCAGCACAGUAUAGCAGCUACCUACCAGCAGCUCAGUAUAGCAACUACUUACCAGCACCGUCCGUCUACUCUUCUCUACCUAACGUUCACUACAUCAAGAAACGAUCGGCUCCAUUUUACAACACAUAUGCCGCACCUUACACCUACAUCACCGGUGCUCCUCUAACAGCCCCAUACGCAUCUACGUACAUUACGUCUGCUCCAAUCGCUGCGACUCUCCCUGUGCUGUCCACAUAUUCCUCACCAGUGCACUACAUCAAAAAACGAUCGGUUCGUGCUUUCCUGCCUGCACCUACAUCGUACAUCGCCCCAGCUCCAAUUACGACAACUUACAUAGAGUCCGCUCCUCUUUCAGCAACUUACUCCUCCGCUAUACUUCCAAACGCAGCAUUCCUGUCGUCAUACGGUACAUUACCUUAUAUUAAAAAGUAA